AUGGGAACGCGCGGGAAACGUGGACGAGGGAGGCCAAAAUUGGCGCCAUCGUCACCGGCACCUCAACCGUCACAAGCGUCUUCAACUGUGAAGGAGACUCCUGUUCUGGAAGAGAAUGAACCAGUGAUAUUGGUGGAAAGCUUGCAACAAUCCUAUGAAGCGCAAGACCUAACAAAUAUGAAAACCCUAAAUUCGGAAAAGGAGCACAAUUUGAAGGAAACUACGCAACCUGAGCAGAAAUUAUGGGUGGAUAUCGUGUCUGAGAAUAGGAAUCCUUCAAAAGGCCUGUCAAUUCAAUAUGUGGCUCCUAAUCUGGUUGAUGGAGAAGUUGAAGUUGCGAUUGAGGAAGACGAUGUUGCUUCGGAGAUUCAUUUCUGGGCAAAUUCUUUGAUACUAUAUGCUUUUGGAGAAGAUCUCAGUAUGAACAUGGUGAAGAACUACAUGGCAAAAACGUGGAAUUUCGUGAAGCUACCUAAUCUGUAUUACAACGAUGAUGGAUACUUCAUCCUCAGAUUUCACUCUCAUGAUGACAUGGAUGCGGUUCUGAUGAAGGGACCAUACACGCUGAGGAACGUUCCGCUUUUGCUUCAAGAAUGGAGACCAGAUUUCAACCUAAAAAGGGAUAUGCUGAGGACUCUUCCAAUUUGGGUUAAGUUGCCACAACUUCCAAUGUGUCUAUGGGGGGAAAAGAUUCUUAGCAAGAUUGGAAUCGCCAUUGGAUUUCCUCUGGUCAUGGAUGAAUGCACAGCCAGCAAGCUUAGAGUCUCUUAUGCUAGAAUUCUAGUGGAGGUGGAUGUUACUAAAGAUUUUGUGAAGGAGAUUCCUAUUAGAGAUUGUGAGGGUAGGAAGAUCAAAAAAAUGGUGGAAUACGAAUGGAGGCCAAAAUUAUGUGACAAAUGUAAGAAACUUGGUCAUCAAUGCAAGGAACCUGUAAGAAAAGUUGAGAGGAAAUGGCAACCUAAACCUCUGAUCCUAGUGAAUGUGACCACAAAUGAGCAUACCAAAUCCACACCUAUUGCUAAGAAUGUCACUGUGGAGCAAGGAACUAAUUCCUCAAAGGAUAGUCAUGAGAUGGACAAGAAUGUUGAUGAGACACCAUGGACCUUGGUGAAAUCUACAAGAGAGAAAGGUAAGAAAAUCUCUACUGAUGCCCCUGAUGUGAUUAACUGUUUAAAUGGAUUUGAUGCACUAGGAAUUACGAAUGAUUCACUAGUGACUGUGGAGGCCCCCAUUAACAAAAAUGUCUGGAUCCGCCACUGCAAGUACAUAGAUAAUUACAAUAAGCAUGCUAAUGGUAGAGUGUGGAUAUCCUGGAAUGCUGCUAAGUAUGACAUACAGAAGAUCCAAAGCACUGACCAGGCUAUACAUUGUGGUGUGUAUGAUCACCAGGGCAAGUUUAAAUACUACCUGACUGCAGUCUAUGCUCACAACACCCUGGCUCAAAGGAAAAUUUUGUGGCAGACCAUUGUAAGUAUUCAUUCUACUGUCCAAGGACCUUGGUGCAUUAUUGGAGACUUCAAUAAUGUGAUGAGUUCCCAGGGCUGGAUUGGUGGUAGGAUGGUUAAAGAGGCUGAAUAUGGAGACUUGCAUGAGAUGAUGAAGCCGACUGACUUGUGUGAAAUGGAUAGUAGUGGAGAUCAUUUUACUUGGAACAAUAGGCAAAUUGUUGGGACUGUCUACUCAAGAAUAGAUAGAGUGCUUGGUAAUAUGGACGGGUUCCAUGAUAGCAUGGAUAUAAAGCUUAAAUUCUCACCUCUUAGUGUGUCUGACCAUGCCUUAUUGUAUCUGGAGCAGAAGAAUUACAGGCAUAAGGCUAGCAGAUUUAAAUUUCAUAAUUGCAUAACUGAGAUGGAGGGCUUCAAAGAGACUGUGGAAAAUAGUUGGAGAGAGCCUAUCACAGGUACUACUAUGUAUAUCCUGUGGAACAAGCUCUAA